AUGGGCCCACCUCUCUCUCUCUCUCUUUUCUCUCUCUCUCUUUCUAUCUCUCUCUCUCUCUCUCUCGUUCUUGGAUACCACCAGCAAGGGAAGAAGAACUGGUGGCUGCCACUACCUCUGCAACUCCCUUCCUCCUUCAUUUUCUUUCCCAUCGAUCAAACAGCCCAAACACCCUCCGUUCACUUCGUGUGCUACUCACCUCUACAAUCAACAACAGAAGGGGAAAGCGAUCGAGAGGAGCAACGGAGCAGCCAUAUUGUCAUCACCUUCGAUGCUUCAAUCAUCUUCGAGCCUGUCACCGCCUUCAGCUCCUACGCUUCUUCUGUCUCAGAAGGAAGAGGCGAAGGUGGGGAAUCAAAAAGGGGUUGCCACCUCCGAUGUUUGCUCCGAGGAAACACCCAUUUUGGUGGUGGGUUCAGGCCAGGGAACGAAGAAGAAAUGGAGGAUGAAAGGGGGAAAGGCAGCAACGAUCGCAACAGUCUUCAGGAGGAGUUUAGUGACUACAAUCGAGAGGUAAAAGGGUGGAGCAACAAGGGGUUGUUGCCUUACACCAGUCUCUGUUUUCCGAUCUCCAAGACGAGUCACACAUUUCAUAACAGGAAACGAACGAGAAGACGGGCGAAGUAG